AUGACGUAUUGACAUUUAGCGGGCAGAAUCAAAAACAGGGGCUGUUUUGUUGUUUUAGUGUUCAUCGUUCACUGAUUAAGUUAGUCAUUAAGCAAAACGCGGCAGGAACAACACUAGUAAGUCAAGAUAUCAAGGCGUUAUGCAGAGAACCAGCCGCCUGAAGCGGGAGAUGCAGCUUCUCAGUGCUGAACCUCCUCCGGGAGUCUCGUGCUGGCAGGUCGAGGAGCGGCUGGAUCAACUUCAAGCCCAGAUUGUUGGAGGCGCAAACACUCCCUACGAAGGAGGGCUGUUCACACUGGAAAUCAACAUACCUGAGAGGUAUCCGUUUGAGCCGCCGAAGAUGCGUUUCCUGACACCCAUCUAUCACCCCAACAUUGAUAACGCAGGACGCAUUUGUCUUGAUGCUCUGAAAUUGCCACCAAAGGGAGCGUGGAGGCCCUCGCUCAACAUUUCAACAUUGCUCACUUCCAUACAGUUACUGAUGGCCGAACCGAAUCCCGACGACCCCCUCAUGGCUGAUAUAUCCUCAGAAUUCAAAUACAACAAACCACUUUAUCUAGAGAAGGCAAAGAACUGGACGUCUGAGCAUGCAAUCCAGAAGAACAAGGGGUGUGUGGAGACGGAAGAAAAGACUUCAACUGAGAAUAAAAACAAGAAAACUGCACAGAAGAGAGAAGCACUUACUGCACAGGAGAAUUUAGAGCAUGCCAAGAAAGUGUGCAUGCAGUAGGUUUAUCAUUUUACAAAUGAGUGAUACACAAUGAUUAAGUUGUUGUUUAUUAUACAAAUUGUUUAAUUUUAGUAUGGUUAUUUUUUCUUGUUUACUAAUAAAUAUAUUUAAAGUUACACAAAAUGUGCAUCUUCUCAAAUUGUUCAUUGGUCGUCAAUACAUUUAUAGCAUCGGUUGUCUAAAGAGCCUAUGUCAAUAUAAAAUGAUAUCUUUGUACACAUUUAUUAUACUUUACAAAAAGAUCCCAACAAAACUAUAUUGGAACCCAUUUAAAUCAUGCAAGGAUCUGUUUAUAUCUUCAGUUUAUGGUACAGACUUAAACGUAUGCACUUCUGCUCAGGAUUUAUUCACUUGUGGUCUGAAAACAAGGUGAUUAUUGCAGUAAUUAUAGCGGAACAAUAUGAAAUGUUUUUUUUAUUUUUAACAAUAUAAACAUCUUUAAAAAUGUGACCAUGUCUUAAGUUGUCAAUAGAAACAAUGUUGGUUGGCAAAACCUUUCAGCGCUGUUGCAUGAUUAUGUCUGAAAAUGCAU